AUCGCGGUUGACACUUGAGCGUUUGGUUUAGACUUCGUGAUAAUCGUCACUUAUAUAAGCGUUUGCGUGAUUGAAUUUCGGUCGUUUUUUUUCGUCUGAUGCAUGAUGGCCUACAUACCAAAAUGCUGACAUCUGAGUUAGGUUUCUAGACUACAGAAUAAUCAAGAUCCCGCGGACGAUAAUAGUCGGACAGUGCAAAACGGCCAUGAGAAACAUUUUUCAGUGUAAUGAAUGAGGACGAGAUAGCCGAUAAGGUAUACGAGGAGAGAGAAAGAAUAGUUGAUUUGUACAGGAAUGGGCCUGGAGAUGGAACUAUUAUAGACCCUGUUGAUGAUCCAGCCUUCAAUGACUACCACAAGCUUGACAGGUUUGGUUUCAUAAGUGAUGUGACCAAAUUGAAAAAAGAAGAUCCUCAAGAAAUCAAAAUCGAAAGAAUCAGAGAACAAAAAUGGCUAAAAAUGAUAUACAACUGGGACAGUGUGUCUUCUGAAAAGCUCAAAAAACGUGUAUACAAAGGCAUUCCAAAUUCAUUGCGUGGUAAGGUGUGGGCAAAACUAUUACAUGUUGAUCAACUUACUGAUGAUCAGAAAAAUAAAUAUAAACAUAUGUGUGAGUUAGCAUGGGAGCAUUCACCUGAUGUCAGACAAAUUGACCUAGAUGUGAAUCGUACAUACCGAGAACACAUUAAUUUUCGUAAACGGUACAAUCUUAAACAACGAGAAUUAUUCAACAUUCUAUCGGCCUAUAGUAUUUAUAAUUUAGAUAUUGGUUAUACUCAAGGGAUGUCACAAAUUGCUGCUUUAUUAUUAAUGUAUUUAACUGAAGACGAAGCUUUCUGGGCUUUAUCUACUCUAAUUUCUGAUAACAAGUAUAAUAUGCAUGGUUUUUUUAUCCCAGGCUUUCCUAAAUUAAUAAGAUUUCAAGAUCAUCAUGAUAAAGUAAUGAAUAAACUAUUACCAAAAUUGAAAAGACAUUUGGAUAAAAAUGGAGUUGAAACUGGAUUAUACACUCUAAAAUGGUUUUUUCAAUGUUUUUUGGAUAGAAUACCAUUUAAAUUAACAUUGAGAGUAUGGGAUAUAUUUUUAUUGGAAGGUGACAAAAUAUUAUCUGCUAUGGCGUAUUGCUUACUAAAAUUACAUCGUAAACAACUGUAUACUUUAGGAAUGGAUGAUAUACUUAAUUUUUUACAAGUGAAAUUAGAACAAAAUUAUCAGCAUUCAGCAGAUCAUACUAUUGAAAAACUUCAAGAAUGUCUUACCGAGUUGAAGAAAAAUAAACUUGAUAAUGCUGGACCACCAUCUCCAAAUGAACAGUUGAAAAGAGAACUAGGAAUAUUUAAUCCUGAUGAUAUCCCACUUAGGAAGCCUCAAAUUAAUGGAGUGGAAAAAAUUAGAAAACCCAUAAACAAUGACCGAAUUAGUAGUUCACCCGAUCAGGAUUCUCAAUGCCAAGGUUCAAUAACCACAAAUGGUAAAAAUAGUAUGGAUGAUGUAAGUUCAAUUGUUGGAGAUGGUUCUAGGCGUUCAUUACUAGAUACUAGUGUAACUUCAGCAGCUACCACAACUGUGUCUCCGCAAAGUAUACAAAAUUAUGAUGCCGGAUCAGAUGUUACAUGCGUUAGUCCUCAACCUGACGUACUACGUAUUUAUGUGCCAUAUGAUACUUCAACAAAAAAAUCUCCUACUUCUAUUUCUAACAAAAUAACAACAAUUGAGGUGGUGGAUGAAAUGGUUACCCCUACUGUAGAAACAGACGGUAUGUUUAAAGUGGUGUCUACUAUUAACUAAUAAUUAAUUGUACUAGAAUAUAUUAGACAUACUAAUUUGGCUGUGAUUGAAUACGGCUGGUGUUUACUCAGUUACUACCAGCAGUACCAUUUUCCAUGUAAAUUAGUUUAUAAUUUUUACAAUUUUGUUUAUGGUAUACAAUAUUUUUUUAAUCAAGACUUCUUAGUAAAAUUAGCAUUAUCCCUUACACAUAUUUUAAUUAGAUGUAAUUAUAUGUAAGAGAAAAUAUUAUGUAAUAAUAAGUAUCAUGUAACACGAGUCAUUAAAUAUAAAUAACUUAGUAUUGAUUUGAUGCAGCGCCUAUAUUAAUAGCUGUUAAUUAAUUUUAGGUUUUUAAUACUAUUUUUA